CGUACUGUCAGUUAAAUUUCGAAAUCAUAAUCGUCACCGUCGUUGUGCGCUAUGGCUGGAGGACCCUACUUGUCGCCGUUACCCGGUGACCUUUUAUCGGAGUACAUGUUUGGUAGACGGAGACAGAGAAGAAACCGGACGACGUUUACGCCACAACAGUUACAAGAACUCGAAAGCCUCUUCCAGAAAACUCAUUAUCCAGACGUGUUUUUGAGAGAAGAAGUAGCUCUACGAAUUAAUCUUUCUGAAGCUCGUGUACAGGUAUGGUUUCAGAAUCGCAGAGCUAAGUGGCGCAAGCACGCAAGGCUUCAAAUAAUUCAAGACGCGUGGAGAAUUCGCUGUAUGGGUUUGAACACACAAUCGCUUUUAUUGGGUCGUCAAGCACCAGAGGGAACAACUCGUUUGGCGGACGAUAAAGAAUCUCCUCCAACGCAUCCAACCCAAUCAACUGUAGUCUCGUCACCCACCCAUGUACCAGGAAGUUACCGAAUGCUUCAAAAUUUUCAAGUAACAGAAAGACCACCAUUAGUUGGACCACCAACAAAUACAAUAACUACCAAAUUGUUCUGCCCGUAUUCUUCUACUGAAGAUGACAUUUCAAACAGGCGUACAGCUCAUCACCAGGACACUAGAUCGGACAUGAACGGAAACCUAUCUUUGAUGGUAGGUUCUGUGGAUUUAACAUGCUCAAAAUCUCGGUCUACCAGUCCUGAAGAAGAAAAUGACAUAAACGUAAAUGAUUAAAUACAUUUUAAUCAGAAUUAAUAAUUAAGAACGACAAAAUGCAAUUUACUUUAAAUUUAAGUCCUAGUCAAAAAUAAUAUGUACAGUUUAAAUAAUAAUAAUUUCUAAUAAAUAUAAUUAAUUAUAUACUUAAAAAUAUAAAUUAAUCAUAGUAUUUCAAUUUUUAUUAUCAUAAAUAAUUAUAUUAAAAAUUUAAAUGUAUAUAUUAUAAAUACAUAUUAAACAAAUAAGUGAGUAAUCUUUAGAAAAAAUUGUUUACUUAGGUACUUUAAUACAAGUACUUAAUCUUUUUAAACUGUAAUAUUAUAUUAAUCUAUUUUUAUUUAUAUAUUGAUUUACUUUUUACAAAAGCAACUAUAAUAGAAUAAUAAUAUGUCUUAAUAUGCAAAUAUUACUUGUAAACCGGUAAUAUCAGAAUUAAGAAAUAUCAUUUGUUUCUUCUUAUUUCUACGAAUAAAUGUAAACUUUAAUUUAAACUUAUAAGUACGUCAUUCUUUAUUAAAAAAAUACAUUAU